AUGGCUGAACAAUUCUAUACCGUGGCAUCGGAUAGUGAAACCACUGGGGAAGACAAAUCACAGCCUUCAUUCCCUGAUGUUGCUAUUGGCAUUGACAUUGGGACUUCCAAAUGCAGUGUUGCUGUUUGGAAUAGCCACCAAGUUGAGCUCUUAAAGAAUACCCGUAAUCAGAAAGGGAUGAGGUCAUAUGUCAUGUUCAAAGAUGAUACUCUUUCAGCAGGAGUUACUGGAGGGGCAGCCAAGGAAAAUGCACAUGAGGAAAGAGACAUCUUAUCAGGAAGUGCCAUAUUCAACAUGAAACGCCUAAUGGGAAGAAUGGACACUGAUGAAGUGGUUCAAGCUAGUAAGACCCUCCCAUUUCUUGUGCAGACAUUGGGUAUCGGUGUGAGACCAUUUAUUGCAGCACUCGUGAACAACAUGUGGCGAUCUACAACUCCUGAGGAGGUCCUUGCCAUCUUUCUACUUGAAUUAAAGGCCUUGGUGGAGAUGCAUCUUAAACAUCCUGUUGAUGCGGAACCAACUGCUGUGGCGCUUCUGUACGCUCAGCAGCAGCAGCAGCAGCUUAUGCAUGACAAUAUGGGAAGUGGCAUUGAGAAAAUUGCUCUGAUAUUUAACAUGGGUGCUGGGUACUGUGAUGCAGCCGUGGCUGCCACAGCUGGAGGUGUUUCUCAGAUAAGAGCAUUAUCAGGAUGCACAGCUGGUGGGGAGGAUAUACUUCAGAACAUAAUGCGCCAUGUUCUUCCCAAUUUUGACAGUUUAUAUGCUGGCCAGACAAUGGACAGAAUCCAUUCGAUGAGUUUACUGCGAAUUGAAACUCAGGAUGCAAUUCACAAACUGGUUAACCAGGAAACUGUGGAGAUCAAUAUAGAUUUGGGGAAUGGCCACAAAGUGUCCAAAGUCCUAGACCAUUCAGAGUUUGAACAAGUCAACCGGGCAAUUUUUGAUAAGUGCGAAAAGAUCAUCAACCAGUGCUUGGUUGAUGCGAAGUUAGUACCAGAGGACAUCAAUGAUGUCAUAUUGGUUGGAGGUUGUUCGAAGAUCCCCAGAAUCAGAAGCCUUGUCCUGGGUUUAUGCAAGAAGGAGAUCUCGUACAAGAACAUAGAUGCUCUAGAAGCUGCUGUUUCAGGUGCUGCACUGGAAGGAGCCAUCGCUUCAGGAAUGAAUGAUCCUUCAGGGAGCUUGGACCUUCUCACGAUUCAGGCAACUCCUAUGAACCUGGGAAUCCGUGCAGAUGGUGAUAGCUUCGCAGCAAUCAUUCCCAGGAACACGACAGUUCCAGCAAGAAGGGACAUGCUGUUUACAACGACAUACGACAACCAGACUGAAGCCCUAAUUGCUGUGUAUGAAGGUGAAGGGGAACGUGCUGAAGAUAACCAUCUGUUAGGAUACUUUAAGAUCACUGGAAUCCCAGCAGCCCCUAAGGGAACAGUUGAGAUCAGUGUAUGCAUGGACAUCGAUGCUGCUAAUGUCCUCAGGGUGUUUGCAGGGGUCGUCAAGCCUCAAGGCCCAGCCAUUCCGCCGUUCAUCGAGGUGAGGAUGCCAACACUGGACGAUGGCCAUGGCUGGUGUGGGCAAGCUCUGGCGAAGAUGUAUGGGAAGACUCUCGACCUUGCUGUUCUUCCAAAGAAGCUGCAGCCAUGA